AACUCUCUUGUUUAAUUAUGUGUAUAUAUAUAUAGAGAUCAAAAGAUAUUAGUCCCUCUCAUCUCAGGCACUCACGCUAUAUCCCUUUUGCUUCUACACACACAUUCUCUCUCUCCCGUUUAUCCUUUUCUUUUCAAAGAUAAAGCAUCUCCUCUCCCUCUCUCUCUCUCUCUCUCUCUCUCUCUCUCUACUUUAAUUCUGAAAAAGCUGCGAUUUUGUUGCUUUAUAUUAAGAGGGUUUGAUUGCAAUCGGAUUUUUGGAACUUUUUUAGAAAGCCCUUAUUCACAUUUCGACAUCUAAAUGGAUCAAUAUCUCCAAGCAGCAGCCCGGGGCACUGGCUUAGACCAACACAGAGCUUCGUGCCAAAACCUCAAAUCCUUGACCUCCACACUCAGCGAAUCUGACACCAGUCCGUCUCUCGGGUUCGAGUGCAACAUUUGCCUCGACCUCGUGCAGGACCCCGUGGUCACACUAUGCGGCCAUCUCUACUGUUGGCCGUGCAUAUACAGGUGGAUCAGCUUCCAACACUCCUCCCCCGAGAACCCCGACCACCAGAAGCCCCAAUGCCCAGUUUGCAAGAACGAGGUCUCGGAAAAGACAUUGAUACCCCUCUACGGCCGAGGCAAGACCACCGACUCCUCCAAGGACGAGCUAUCCCUUGUCAUACCACAAAGGCCGGCGAGCCCCCGAUGCCGGACCAACUUGAUCUUACCGAACCCAGCUAGCAACUACUUGUCGUAUCCGUUCGAGCAACUCCACCGCAGAGGGUAUGACGCCCCACCAUCCCCUGGACAAGAUUACGGAAGCUACCCCACCUCACCCGUCCUCGGACACGGAAGUGCGCCCCACUUGGCAGACCCCAUGAUCGGGAUGUUCGGGGAGAUGGUGUACUCGAGAAUAUUCGGGAAUUCAGAGACGACGUCGUUUUCGUAUCCGAAUUCUUACCAUAUGGCCGGUAGCAGCUCGCCGAGGCUGCGACGGCAUAUGGUGCAGACUGAUGAAUCACUGAGUAGAUUAUGUUUCUUCUUUUUUUGCUGUAUGAUGCUAUGUUUGCUCCUAUUUUGAGCAGAAUAUAGUUUGGAGUUUAGUGUCUGUUUUUCGGUUGGUGAUGAACUUGUAUAGAUUUUACCUUAACGACUUGUAUAAAUACCCCCAUCAAUAUCAUCCUUAUAUAAUGUGUAUAAAAGAGUUUAUAUAAGUAGUAUAUACAAAAUUUUGUGUUUUCAAUGCAA